AUGAAAACAAUAGCAGUUAUCACAAUCCUAGUAGUAUUUGGAUUAUGUUAAACAGUAAGACUUGAUUUCAAUAGUGAAGAUUGUAACAAAUAUCUUGAAAAAUUUGGAACUGUUAAUAAUCCAAGUGGAUAGGGUUUUUCAAAGAUUGAAUUCACAGGAGAUGCUGCAUUUGUUCAAGGAACAACUAAUGUGUAAGUAAAUUUAUAAUAUUCUGAUGUUGAUUUGUUCAACGAUUCUAAAUUUUUUGGUCUUGUUAAAGAAGAUGGAAAAUCAAGACACUUGUCUUGAUCUUAAAUUAUAUAAAUUCGUUUCAAAAGAAUAUGAUGGUAACACCAUAAAAUAAUUUUUAAAUUUAAUAGAGAUAUUAUUCAUUUACUAUUUUAGGAUCUGAACUUAAUUAAAGAAUGAUUUUAGAUUCCUGAAAUACCAAAGAUUUUAUUUACAAAGGAUAUUAU